CCGGCACCUACUUGUUGGCUGUUCGCGCAGCAGAGGCGCACAGAGGAGCGAGCGCAGUGGCUAGGCUGAGCUGCCGGCGGACCCGCGCUUCCCUCUGGCUGCCGCUGCGGCUGCAGGAGCGCGCCAGGCGCCCGCCAGGAUCUGCCCUGCCUCGUCCGUCAGCCCGGGGCUUUGGGGAUAAGGAGCGGCGGCGGCGAUCUGCAGGCUCCGGCCGGAGCUCUCCACCUUGCGCGCGGCGCCCGCCCUGCUGCCCUUCCCGCCGCCGAUGCUCCGAGCAGCGGCCGGUCGAUGGAUUGUCUUCCCUGAUCGACGGCGUUCAGCUCGGGGUAGCAGGCAUGCUGGAUUCUGGCAGGCGGCACUGGGUUCUCCUCGCGGCGGCGCUUAGGCUGUGGCUGCUUCUAACUUUAUGGGUGCAGGUGUCCCAGUCCACGGGCUAUUUCGAGCUGCAGAUUAACUCGGUGAAGAAUGUAAACGGAGAAUUGUUGAAUGGGGAGUGUUGUGAUGGCAUGAAAAAGCCCCAGAACCUGGACUGCGCGCGGGACGAGUGCGACACUUACGUGAAAGUCUGCUUAAAGGAGUAUCAAGCCAAAAUCACGACCACUGGAGCAUGCAGCUACGGCUCCGGAUCUACUCCUGUUCUCGGUGGAAAUACUUUUUAUCUCAACAACCGCAAUUUUCAUCAGGGGAAAAGUCACGACAUGGGCAGGAUUGCUAUCCCUUUUCAGUUUGCGUGGCCGAGAUCGUUCACAUUAAUAAUAGAAGCCUGGGAUUGGGAUAAUGAGACAAAAGCUGAUGAAGAACUGUUAAUUGACCGAGUGCCAUUUGCUGGUAUGAUCAACCCGGAAGAUCGUUGGAAAGCGCUGCAGCUGAAUGGUCAUGUUGUUCAUUUUGAAGCACAAAUACGAGUUAAAUGUGAUGAAAACUACUAUGGCCCCCAGUGCAAUAAAUUUUGUGGCCCUCGUGAUGACUUUGUGGGCCACUACACAUGUGACCAAAAUGGAAAUAAAGCUUGUAUGGAAGGCUGGAUGGGUGACGAAUGUAAACAAGCUGUAUGCAAACAAGGAUGUAAUUUAGUCCAUGGGGGCUGCACUGUACCUGGGGAAUGCAAGUGUAAUUAUGGUUGGCAAGGGCAGUUCUGCGAUGAGUGUGUCCCCUACCCAGGCUGUGCUCAUGGGAGUUGCAAUGUCCCCUGGGAAUGCAAAUGUGAAACCAACUGGGGUGGUCUGCUCUGCAACAAAGAUUUAAACUACUGUGGAAAUCAUCACCCAUGUGUGAACGGUGGAACCUGCAUGAAUACGGAACCAGAUGAAUACAGCUGUGCUUGCCAAGAUGGUUACUCUGGAAAGAACUGUGAAAUUGCUGAGCAUGCUUGUGUAUCAAAUCCCUGUGCUAAUGGUGGAGUUUGCCACGAAAUUUCAUCAGGCUUCAAAUGCCAGUGCCCAGCAGGCUGGAGUGGACCAACAUGUGCUAUUGAUAUUGAUGAGUGUGCCUCUAACCCAUGUGCUAGUGGUGGAACUUGUGUUGAUCGCAUUAAUGGGUUUGAAUGCAUAUGUCCACAGCAGUGGAUUGGGGCAACCUGCCAGCUUGAUGCUAAUGAGUGUGAAGGGAAACCCUGUCUUAAUGCUCAUUCUUGCAAAAAUCUUAUUGGUGGAUAUUACUGUGACUGCAUUCCAGGAUGGAAAGGAGUAAAUUGUCACAUCAAUAUUAAUGAUUGUCAUGGGCAGUGUCAAAAUGGAGGAACUUGUAAGGAUGUCGUGAAUGGUUACCACUGCAUGUGCCCUCCUGGUUUCAUAGGAAAGAACUGCGAAACAGAAGUUGAUGAAUGCAUGAGCAACCCAUGUCAAAAUGCAGGGCGUUGUGAGAACCUGGUCAAUGGAUUCCGCUGUCUCUGUCCUCAAGGCUUCUCGGGAGAACUCUGUGAGCUUGAUACUGAUCUCUGCAAGCCUAGCCCUUGCCAGAAUGGAGCUAAAUGUUAUGAUCUGAGAGAAGACUAUUAUUGUGCUUGCUCUGAUGACUAUGAUGGAAAGAACUGCUCUCACCUUAAGGAUCACUGCAAAAAUAAUUCGUGUAAAGUAAUAGACAGCUGUACAAUAGAGGUCUUCACAAAUGCUACCCGGAAAGGCGUCCGAUUAAUUUCCUCCAAUGUAUGUGGACCCCAUGGACAAUGUGUCAGUCAACCAGGAGGCAAUUUUACUUGUGCCUGCGAGAAGGGCUUUACUGGAACAUACUGUCAUGAAAAUAUCAAUGACUGCCUUGGAAAUCCAUGCAAAAAUGGUGGGACUUGCAUAGAUGAAGUUAACGGUUUCAGGUGUUUCUGCCAGACAGGCUGGGAAGGAAAACUCUGUGAUAUAAAUUUCAAUGACUGCUUGCCAAAUCCAUGUCACAAUGGAGGUCGCUGCAUUGAUUUAGAGAAUGACUUCUAUUGUGAAUGUACAAGUGGCUGGAAAGGCAAAACAUGCCAUUCAAGUGAGUACCAGUGUGACGCGAAUACUUGCACAAAUGGAGGAACGUGUUACGAUGACGGGGAUACUUUUCGGUGCUCUUGUCCUCCGGAAUGGAAAGGAAGCACUUGCAACAUUGCUAAGAACAGCAGCUGCCUUCCUAACCCUUGUUUAAAUGGUGGAACCUGUGUUGGCAGUGGAGAUUCCUUUUCUUGCAUUUGUAAAGAAGGUUGGGAAGGGCGUACGUGCACACAGAAUAUUAACGACUGCAAUCCACAUCCAUGCUACAAUGGAGGCAUCUGUGUUGAUGGCGUGAAUUGGUUCCGUUGUGAAUGUGCACCUGGGUUUGCUGGUCCAGAUUGCAGAAUUAAUAUUGAUGAAUGCCAGUCCUCUCCUUGUGCAUACGGUUCUACGUGUAUUGAUGAAAUAAAUGGCUACAGGUGCAUUUGCCCCCCUGGGCGAGCUGGAACUAGAUGCCAAGAAGUGAUAGGAUUUGGAAAGUCUUGCUGGCUUAAAGGAACAUCCUUUCCCCAUGGCAGCAGAUGGGAUCAAGAAUGCAACAUCUGCCACUGCCUGGAUGGCCACAUUGACUGCACCAAGGUGUGGUGUGGGAGAAAAUCUUGUUUGUUGACCAAACAUGGGGACCAUGCUAGUCACCAGUGCUCCAGAGGUCAGGAAUGCCAAGAGAAAAUGUACACCAAAUGUUUCCAACCUCCUUGUGCUGACUGGGGGGAAUGCAGUGAAUCAGAACCUCUUCCUGUCAACAUCAAGUGUCCCCCCAAUUCGGGUUACUUGGACAACAGCUGUGCAAGAAUCACUCUGAUUUUUAACAGAGACAAAGUACCCCAGGGCACUACUGUUGAAAAUAUUUGCUCAGAAAUCAGAUAUUUACCAGCCACUAGGUCUGUUUCUAGUGAGAGAAUGCUACUGGUGUUGUGUGAUCUAUCUUACUCCAUAGAAAAUGCUGUGGAAGUUGCUAUUUCUUUCAUCUCGCAUCAAGAGGAGACCGAUAACAGCCUUAUUCAGAAUGCAGCCAACACUAUAGUAAACACCAUUACAAAGCGACAAAACAGUACAGUUAUGCUGGCAGUAACUGAAGUCAAAAUAGAGACAAUAGUGGUUGGGAAUUCUUCAUCAGAUUUCCUGGUUCCAAUCCUUUGUGUAGUUUUUAGCAUUGUGUGGUUAACCUGUAUAAUUAUCUGUGUGUGGUGGACACGAAAGAGGAGAAAAGAGAGAGAGAGAAAUCGCCCAUCCAUAGAAGAGGCUGCAAAUAACCAAUGGGCGCCUCUAAAUCCCAUAUGGAAUCCUAUUGAGAGACCUUGCAACCGCAAAGGCAUUCAUUACGAACCCAACAAUUGUAUAGCUCCUCAAAAAAGAACUUACGACGGAGUAGAGGAGUACACAGAGUAUGAGGAGGAAGAGGAAGAAGAAGAGAGAGAGGUCAUGGAAAUGGACAAAUUCCUCUCUCACAAACACUCUAAGCCUUUGUCAGCAAAGGCAAUGGACUCCUUAGAGAAUAGUCCUAUUAAGAAAUCUCUUCAGACAACCAAAAUGGACAACAGAUCUGUAAAAAAUGUGAACACAGCAAACCAUGAAGGCGGAAGAGACUAAAUCUUUGUUCGGACCAUAUCCGCGCCGUCAACGUUGAACAGAGUUGGAGAAAUUGGCGUCUCCGCUUUGCACCAAGGACUUAAUUGUCUGGAGUCAAAUGUUCAUAGUUACUUUAUUUUGAAUAAAAAAAGUUAAAAUGAUAAAAACUUUAUUUUGUUUCUUUUAGCCUUGUAUAAAUUAUUCAAUGACUGUCAGAUGAUAGAGUAAUCUUUGAUAGUUGCUAUUUUUGUAAACUUUACGUGGAGAACACUUGCUGUGUUGGCAGAGGAGGGAAGUUUGUAUUUUCGAUUUCAUAAAAGUUUAUCGCCCAAGACUCUACACUGUUUACAGGACGUGUUUCUUUUUACCUGUUGUAACAGUAGCUAAAAAACCUCCUGGUUGAGGAAGUUACUGGACUUAAGGGGUAAAAAAAAAAAACCCUCACAUGAACUGUUCUUUUGAAUCCUUACUUAGAAACCACUCCCUGCACUUAAGUU